GGCGUUUCCGGGAGCCGCGGGCAGGUGAGGAGGCGGCGGCGGGCGGAGCGGAGGGGCCGCGAUGAGGCUGCUGCUGCUGGCGUGUCUGCGGGCACACACCGGCAACGCCACCACGGCCGCCAGGAUCCGGGACCAUCUACACGCUGCAGGUCACAUCUGUGUUCUUGAGGACGCUUUCCUGUAUGAAAGUCCGGCUGAAAUUGCAAACCUGACCUCCGCAGACAAGUUUGAUGCAGCCCUGGCCAUUCACCUCUAUAAAGGAGGCAGACUGCUGCAAGGGAGCAGAAUUCCUUUUGGCAUCAUCUUCGGUGGGACAGAUGUGAAUGAAGAUACCAAAUGUAAAGAGAAACGCCAGGUGAUGGGAGCAGUGCUGGAGGAAGCCAGGUUUGCAGUGGCUUUCACGGUGGAGAUGAAGGAGCUGGCAGCAGCAGAGUGGCCAGAUGCUAGGAAGAAAAUAUACGUCCAAAGUCAAGGGAUUAAGACCACACCCAGUGAAACAUUUGACUGGUACAGAUUUCUACAAAAUGCAGACAUUCCUACGGACACAGGCAGUUUGUAUCUGUUUCUUUUGGUGUGUGGGCUCCGAAGAGUCAAAGACCCUCUGUAUUUAGUGGAAGUUUUCUCAGACUGGCACAGAAAGGAUCCCCGUGUCCAUCUGGGCAUUAUUGGACCUGCAGUUGAUCCACUUUUUACCAGUGAAGUCAAGGAGAAAGUGAAAAGGGCCCCAGGGGUGCACGUGCUGCAGGAGCUGCCCCAGGAGGAGCUGCACGCUGCUGUCAGAGCCUGCUUUGCCCUGGUGAACAGCUCCAUCUCCGAGGGGAUGUCUGCUGCCAUCCUGGAGGCAAUGGAUUUAGACAUUCCGGUGCUGGCACGGAACAUUCCCGGGAACGCAGCAAUAAUAAAGCACAAGGAAACGGGGCUGCUGUUCUGCAGCCCGCAGGAGUUUGUUGUGCUGUCCAAGAGUUUAAUGAACGACCCUGUUAUGGAAAAGGAAAUUACAACGAGAGCCAAAGACUACGUGAGGAAACAUCAUUCCUGGGAAGCUGAAAGGAAAACCUACCAGAACCUUGUGCUGAGACUCCAGUGACUCGCAGGACUCGGGCAGAGCACUUUAACGAUGGAAAUGUGACUAAGUUUGGGGUUUUUUAGAGUUGCAUUGUUUCUGUUUACACACAGUGAGAUCAAAGCUGCUUCCAGCCCUGCCGGGUGCCCAGCUCAGCCCAGGGCAGGCUCAGAGGGGGCUCAGCAGGGGGAAGGCUCCCCUGGGGCAGUGCCAGGUGUUUGCUGCUGCCUGCCCUCCUCACACACGGAGCUGUUGUGUGUGGAUUGCUCCCAAAUUCCGCUCCUUAGCAUCACGAGGGCAAAGCCAGCCUGAUGUAAAGCCUGAUUUAAAAUCCCAGCAUUGCUGCACUCCCUCCUGAGCUCAUCUUUCCUAAAUGUUCCCGGAGUGUCCUUUGCCAUGCUGGGAUGGGAGUGCAGCUGUGCCACUCCUCAGUUCCUCAGUUCCAGGGCCCCAGCCAGCCCCGAGCAGGCUGGAAAUGUGCAGCUCCAGCUGGCCUUUGCUGCUGGCCCAGGGGGAGCAGGAGCCUCCCGUGGCCCUGCUGCCUCUCUUUUGGCCACUGCAACCCAGACACUGGAGGAGGAACCCCUGCAAUGUGAAUUUUCAGCAUUACGUAUCUAGAGGUAAUAAAAAAGGGACUUUUCUAACUAA